UGAGAAUGGAAUCUUGUGCCAGAGACGGAGGAGUGCUUAUCCGUAUUUCGAACACAGAUUCCGGCCAGUCCGGGCGCUGUCUUCCCUCAUGAUACAUGGUAAACGCCGAUCGCAUACUCAAGCCCCGAGUUGUGUGAUUUUCCCCGCAAUGCGGGCAGGCUGUGCUCAUGGGACGCGCCAGAAGCAGCCCCCUCAUUGCCUCACACAGCCCGGUGCAUCACCAGCCUGCCAGCUCGAGCCCACAGAGGCGCAACCGGGGUGACCGGCAGCCGCGACGCUCUCUCGGAGUCAAUCUGCCAGUCAUGAUGCAUUUUGAAGCCCGGCAGACGCGAGAGAGCCGAGGUCUCGGGUCUCUCAGCCAGAGAUUGUGUUUUUGCUGUGCAGUCUCCAACCGUCCUUCGGCUGAGAUCAGAAUCCUUCGAAUCGGCUCUGCUUCCGCGCGAUCUCGACCUCCCGUGCUGAGCUUUUGGAGACGAGUGUCGAGAAUGGGCCACAUCAAAGCUCAAAGAUCGAAAACGGCCUGGGAAACGCAUGUUCAUCCAAUAAACACUCCCUCAGGCUCAACCCCGCUUUCGGUCCGUCACCAGCUGCAUGGGCUGCAAACUGGUCUCACUUCUUUCAUGGGUUCAGCCAGGCACGUCGGGUCGGUGACGCCUUGUGCAAAUGCAGAGCAACCCAACAUCCAGAACAACAAGCCAUGGCGUCGUUUCUGUAUCCAUCCAGCAAGGCAGACGAGCAGCCUCCGCCUGAUCUUUUGCAAGGCCUUGGUCCUUACCUUUUGAGUGACUGGCUGGGCGCAGCCAAUCAUUUCUACACGAUCUGGCCUUGACCAGGGGACACUCAGCCCAACUCAAAUCCGUUCCAGCGAUGACUCAAACGGAAAUUUGCCUGCUUUGGAACCGCCAAGGACAACCGCGAUAUCGGACCACGUUGUUGACGGCUGACUUGCGGGUUCUCAGUGGGCUCAUGAGACAGCUUGUGCCAAUCAUGCCAGAACGAAGUCAGCUGAUAGAACAAUCCUCCAGGACGCGGCUCACUAAGAAGGCUCAAAGACUGGUCACGUUGACAAUCUGAUAUCGGCCGAGGGAUGGGAUCCCUCGAUCUCCAGGAGCAUUUACCUUGCUUCGGAAAGUGCACACCCCGCGAUUCAGUGAUGGCGCUUAG